UGCCUGUCGGAGCCGGAGGAGGGCACCGCUUACCAGCUGACCCUGUCUGUGCAACCGACCUACUUUCACUUUGUCCCGCAUCAAAACAAGGGGAGAGUCAAUCAGCAUCAAACUGUAUUGCUGUGUUUGAUUGGAGUUAUCAUAUGGGUAUUUUGAUCAUACAAUCAAUGGCUUGUUACCGUAAAACAUCCACGAGUCCAUUUGAUUUCUGGAUUUCGCCCAUUCGCCUCCGCAAUCACCUGAAGCCCAGCCUACCUGGCGACAUGUUCUCCAAUCAGCGUAGAGGUAAGCCUACCUGGAAGGCGAACCAUACAAGUUGACGGACGGUAAACAUCCACACAGCGGGGCGAGUGGCAACACAAAUGGGCUCUGUUAUCGCCGGAGAUCAAAGAAGAUCUGUUUAGGUGGCCAAGUAGUAGUUACUUCUAAACAUUUGUCCUGACAUCCACCGAUAAAUCAAUAAAUAACGAUGAAUGGUUUGAACCGUCGGAAGACCAGCCUUCCAGAUCUGUACUACGAGGGUUACCUGGAGAAGAGGUCGUUCAGAGAUAAGGCGGCUCUCAAACGAUGGACUGCUCUUAGCGGGAACACAUUGUUUUUCUUCAACAGCAGCAAAGAUGCUAAUUUUUUGGAGAAGUUGGAGCUCGUUAAUUUCCGGUCGGUCACUGACGACCCCACCCGCGACUCAAACUUGGACAAGGCCAGAUUCAACGUCCACCUGAAAGACAUGAGCUUAAAAUUUACCGCUCCAAGCCUCGAGGCCCGAGAGCUAUGGAAGGGCUACAUCCACGCCGUGGUAGAGCUCUCGCUGCCCAGUGGCAUCAUCCUGCUUCCCGGUCAGACCCGGGACCUGCAGCAGGCCGUAGAGCGGGAGAGGGAGAGGAGGAGGCUGCCCCCCCCGCUGCCCACGCCCCCGCUGCCCGCGGCCGCGCUCCCUGACGAGGGCGGAGCCCGGAGCCACGCCGCUUAUAACGGGCCCCUGCCAGAGUGCUACGUGCAGGCGACCCGUGUGGAGGCGGAGCUUCUGCUGGAGAGAGAGGCGGGCCGAGGGAAUCUGCUGCUCCGCCCCGGCGGCCAUGGCAACACCUUCACCAUAACAACCAGGGAGGUCCAUAUGAGUCCUAUAUUCAAACACUACCGCGUGACUCAGAAUCCCGGUGAAGGCUUCAUCAUCGAUCUGAAGGAGCCUAUCGACUGUGCCACGCUGGACGAGGUGAUCACUGUGAUGUUGGAGGUGACAGGGGGAACACUGACCCCCCUGAUCAGUGAGGACAACUACGAAGACAACAUCACCUUCAUCAAGUUCAACAAGGAGAGUGGAGAGAAGUCGGUCUGCUUCCCCGCCCCUCGCAAGACCCCCCCCACUCCACCAUCCAAACCAGCAGGCGUGCAGCGGGAAUAUCUGCAAGUGGAGCCGCCAUCUCGCAUUCCCAUCCUGCCCAAGCGGAGUGAGAAUGCAGAGAAGAAUAGUCUGCCAUUUACCAGACCGUGCAAUCCCCCCCCAUCUAUACCCAAUGGGUACCCUACUAAACAGGCUGCAGCCUCAUCUGCUGUGACUCCGAAGCAAUGCGGGCGCAUUGCGUUGAUGCCCUCUGCUCAAAAGAAGAGGGAAUCCGAAGGCAGCCAUGCAGCGGACGAACGUGUACCAACAGGGAAGCCGGUUCCCACCCCUCGCUCCUUCCCUCCCCGUCAAUCCAGUGCCGCGCGCUCGAAGAGUGACGUGUCCUGCCUCUCCUUGGAGCUGAAGGAGGCGUUUCUGAAGAAGAGGAUUUUUAAAGAGUAGAGGGACCUCUCCCGGGCUCGCGAUGAACUUUCCUACGGCGUGUGGUGCGGUAUAGGGUGGAAAGAUCUACUGGAACUACGUCGCCAUGUCGCAGCCAGUGGGUGUCUCUGAGUAAGGUAACGAGCACAUCUUUACCUAGAGGGUCAUCCUGUGGUUCCCGAGGGGAUGGGACCCCCAGGGACCCCCAGGGACCUGAGUCCAUGGGCUCUGUGGUCUGCUUCUGGUCGUCACUGAUGGCUGUCGAGCCUCACUCUUCUCAGGUUUCUCUCCUGAUACAAACGGACUUGGUUUCACUCCUUAUUGUCAACUCACGCCUCGUAGGCUCAGACAUGAUUUGUCACUCAGUAUUAUUGGCCUAUUAACUGGCUGUGGUGUGCCUCAAACCAAAAACUAAAAGAUUUUUGUUUUUGGUUUAGUGUUUGUCUCGCCAUUAAGGUCUUUUGUGCCUUUUUCUUUUAAUGAAUGAAAACACAUUUGUGGCUGAAAUAUGAAGGGAUUUGUAUUUGAAGGGAAUGUUUGGUAUAUUUGAUUUAAUAUCUGUGUAUCUCACUCAGAAUUAGGUUUUAAUGCUACAGUUAAAUCCAAAUAAAUAUUCUAUAUUUGUACAUUAUCUUUCAGUGUUUUAGGGCCUUUGUAUGACUCAUAUCUGGGCAGAAGUGGUUCAGCAGGUAGAGCGGGUUGACUGGUAUCGUCAUACCCCACUCUGCGUUCCUCCGCACAUUGAGGGAGUUUUUUUUUUUCCUGGG